CGAGUCGUCAGUUUUACCCGGGUUAGCAGCUUGGAGGGCCACGUCUCCUCGCCGGAGGUCUUUGCGUUAGUCAAGCGAGCAAUUAUCGUAGUUGGUAACUUUCAUUGAACUUUCACAUUCGUACAACAGCAAGUUUCGUUUGUCAGUGACCAGUGAUAAAGACUGCUAUCGGAAAAAGAUAUAGAAAAGUGAUAUAAUUAGAUAUAUAUUCAUAUAUAUAUCUGGCGCAGUGGUUGGGAGAAAGAGGCGCUACAUGUGACUGGGAAGAGUAUGUGCUUAAGGACUAAUUUUGAAGCUGUUGGCAGGGGAGCUCGACCCUACAAACGAGCCAACGCAAACUCCGCUAAGGCACAGAAGAACAGCGAGAAGCGGAAGGAGAAGUCUCGCGACGCGGCAAGAUGUCGGCGAGGCAAGGAGAGCGAGAUCUUCACGGAGCUGGCCAACGCCCUGCCCUUGCCGGCGCAGACGGUGUCGCAGCUGGACAAGGCGUCUGUCAUGCGGCUCACCAUCGCCUACCUGAAGACAAGGGCGCUGUGCCAGGCCGGUGAGUGCCAUUUUUUUUUUCGUGUACAUUCUCAGGAUAAAGCAGAUUCUCAGGAUAAAGCAGAUUCUCAGGAUAAAGCAGAUUCUCAGGAUAAAGCAGAUUCUCAGGAUAAAGCAGAUUCUCAGGAUAAAGCAGAUUCUCAGGAUAAAGCAGAUUCUCAGGAUAAAGAAAAAGCGAUUCCGGGAAAAAGGUUUCUCGGGGAUAAAGCGAUUCUCAGGAUAAGCAGAUUUCGGGAAAAAGCAGUUUCUCAGGAUAAAGCAGAUUCUCAGGAUAAAGCAGAUUUCAGGGAUGCUCCACAUGUCACGUCUGAUGUAUCAGUCUGCAUCGGCAAUAGCAGCAGAGGCCAUUCCUCGUUGCAGGUGGACGUGAUGGGGCAGUCCCUGUACGAGUACACCCACCCCUGCGACCACGAGGAGGUGCGCGACCUGGUCUCCGCCAAGGGCCCGCACCAACCCCGCCACGCCUUCCUCAGGCUCAAGUGCACGCUCACGGCCAAGGGGCGCAGCGUCAACCUGAAGAGCGCGUCCUAUAAGGUGGUGCAGGUGAGCGGCGAGGUGGUGCAGCACGAGGAGGACCAGGCGUGGCUGGUGGCCCUGGGGACGCCCGUGCCUCACCCCUCCAACAUCGAGUUCCCGCUGGAUAAACAGACCUUCGUCAGCAAGCACUCCCUGGACAUGAAGUUUACAUACGUGGAUGACAACGUCGGAGAGUUCUGUGGCUACGGCCCCAAGGAGCUGGUGGGGCGUUCCCUCUACGAGAUGCACCACGCCCUCGACUCCGAGCUGGUCAAAGAGGCCUACAAAACACUGCGUAGCAAGGGGCAGGUGGAGACGGGGCAGUACCGGUUCCUGGCGAGAGGCGGCGGCUACGUGUGGUGGUGCCCAGGCACGCUCUUACGGGGCCCCAGCCACAAGCCCCAGUACGUCGUGUCCAACUACGUCGUCAGUGGUGUGGAGUCUCCAGGAGAGAUUGUGUCAGAGCUGCAAUUGAUGUGCAGCAAGAGCAGCAGCAGCAGCAGCAGCAGCAACAGCAGCAAAGAGCCAGACAGCACCUGCAGCAAGGUGGACAGCCGGUCCCCUCCUGUCAGCCUUUCACCCCCCACUGUGGCUCCCAGCAUUCCCACGCCCACACUCCCUCUGCCCAAGUCUCCAUCCCAGCCCAAGACUCAGAGCCAGACUCCACGUGUGACACCAGUGGGCCCGCCUCCGACACCUGUGGCAACCACAUCCAAGAUCUUUGCUCCUCGUACUGAGGAAAUGAACAAAGGAUAUUUGACGUUCUCUGAAGAUGAUCCACAAUGCACAGUGCUGAAGGAAGAACCUGAGGACCUGACCCACUUGGCUCCCUCGGGGGGUGACACGUGCGUGCCCCUGCCUGCGUUCAUGCCCAACCUGGAUGAUAUGUUCUCAUUUGACUACGCCCAGAUACCCAUUUCUGCCACUGAUGUCCUCUUCACCACUGCCUCGUCUGUGUCCGAAGAGCAGGAGAGCAACUCCGGUUUUGAGAAAAAACUAAUCAGUGAGGAGAAGCGUCUUAGCAGCAGACUUAGUGGAGGAAACGUGAUUAUUAACAACAGCAUCGGUAACAGCCCAGCCUCCAGUUGCAGCAGCCCUCCCUCAGGUGGACUCCGCACGCCUGAACCCCCAAAGCCUUUGCUCUCUCAGGCGGCUUUGCCAUCGGCCCUGGAAAAGAAAUUUAAUUUUGGGACAUUAAGCUGCAGCAGUCAUCCCAGAACAACAACAGAGAGUUUCUUCUCGCAACUGGAUGAGAAUUCCAACCCUGGUACCGAGUUCACCAAAGUGGAGCUCAAGAUAGAAGACCACAACAUGGACUCUGAUGAAUUUGAUAUGAGGGCACCAUACAUACCCCACAGUGAUGAAAUGUUGGUGUUGAGUUCGGAUGAUCUUUUGUGGGGUGCAGAGGUCGAGCCUGCUGUAUCUCCAAAGAACCAGCUUGGAUACCACAGAGAGACCAAGAUUUAUACCUUAAACAGCAAGGAAGAUUCGAGUCUUGCUCAGCUUCUGCGAGAUACUGACCCACCCAUCACCAGCUGUCGCACAGGGAAAGAUAGUAAAGUUGAUAACGGAGGAGGCUCGCAGCAGAGCCAGUAUGAACAAAGCAAGUUCUUUGACGGAGGGGAGAAUUUUGUUGAUCCAAACAAGGUACUUCCAGGACACUGUAUUGGAAAAGAUGGAUUAGACGGAUCUCCUGAUUGUAAUGACCAAGGUGAGGAUGAGCCACCAGCCGUAAUGGUGCAAGAGACAGUAGAGCCACCGCCACCCUUAAUCACCAUAGACACUAACCAGAUGUCACUGGCUGUCAAGAGGGGGCCAUCUCCAAAUUCAUCUCCCAUUCUCACCCACAAAAAGCUCUGCUCCCUCGCACAUCACCAGCGACAGAUGCUAUCAUCUCAAGCAAAUGGGGAUGGGCAUUUAGCACUCCUGCAUCCUCAGCAGCAACAGACAGGAGUGCGCCUGCUGACCACGCCUUAUGCCCCCACUAUGCAGCAGCUGCUGAUCAGCAAAGAGCCCAUCACGGUGCGGGGAAGACAUUCUGGAGGCCUCGGCACCCAUCAGAAUUCAAGCAAUGACAGUAGACACUCAGUGCUUCGAAAUCUGCUGGAUGUUGAAGAAGUUGGAAGUAUAGUGAGGUGUGAGCCUCAACCAGGAGGGAGCGGAGUGAGUUCUGCAACGACGCGUCCGUCUCAAGACAGGAUGACUGACAUGGUUGGCACGGGAGGCAGGGAAACCAAUACAGGCAAUCAGAUUUCUGCUCCCAAACUGAGGCUUGUCACAGGCAGCCAAGGGACACUGAUGCAUGCCGGACAUCUUGCCAUCAAGGUCGCUUCAAAGGGCUCAGGAGAUGGUUUCUUCAAGCGAGUGCGCCGCCAGGACCCACUGCUCUUGAUGGACCCUGACCUGUCGAUUCCAGACUUGCUGGAUCUUACACAAUUAGACUAUGAGGUCAAUGCUCCUGCCAAUAAUUGUAGUCUGCUCCAGGGAUCUGACCUGCUCAUGGCUUUAGAUCAGAGUCCGUAAAGUUUCUUGUUCAGUGAACAGGGAUUUGUGUUGAGGGAACAUCCAUCUUCAUAGUUUCUUAGAAAGGAUGAAGAAUAUUAUUGCUUUUUAGAUUUUGAAUGAAUGAGAAGUAUUUUUUUAGCUCUGAAAUUUCCCCUUACUUCCCCUUCUUUGUGGCCAAUAUGUUGUUGAAAUGAAGGGACAUAAGUAAAAAGAUUAUGGUUGAUAAAUGCUCUUGAGCUUUGGUAUUCCAGGAGGUCUGAAACUUGCUUAAUACCAUAUUCUUAUUUGUCAUCUCUCAUUGUUAUUUGAAUAUCCCAAGUUUUACUGAAGUGUAUUACGAUUCCUUCCUACCUUGAUACUGUCAUUAAUGUCUCACAGUUUAGGAAUAAUUUUUUGUGUGUGGCACUGAACCUUCUUAUUUUGCUGCACAAGACUGAAACUGAUUCCCCCCCCCCUCCCCAUAUCUCUAACAAUACAUUUUUAAAGAGAAAUUAAAAGCAACUUGUGCAAACUUAAAAAAAUUAAAGGAAAAGCAUAUAUAAAUCUUAUGUUAUGGCAUUGUUCUCAAGAAGAUGUAAUUAAUAGUUCAGCUUCACAUUGUGGUGAAUAUGAACAUGAAAGGCUAAUCCUUUAGUGUUUUUUUUCCAUAAUAGUUUUUAUUCUUCCUAAGCAAGAGCAGUUGAGAAUUAGGCUACAAGAGAUUUUUUUAAAAGAUAAAUGAUUCUGCUGUACUGGAAAAGACAGUGAUUCCGUGCCUUGGACAGAGUGUUAUAGUACCUCCUCAUUACCCUUCAGUGAUAAAAACAAAAAGGAUUUUUUUAGAAGUUGCCUAGGGUGUUCAAGAGGUCUAGCAGUUUAUGCUGUCCAGUAUAAUAUGUUUUGGCUGCAUUUGAGGAAGUAUUGCAUAUGUCCUUGUCCUGUUUCUUACUUUAGAUUUUUAUGCCAACUUGGAAAUAUGAACAUUUGGUGCAGCAAGUUUUGGAUCUCACUACCGCAAACUAGAAGUAAAUACUUCACGAAAUUUUAGAUGGUCUUCAAAUGACAAGUGGUACGAAGUUGCCCAAUUUUUAUGUUUGAUGUUUAAUUUAACUACUUGUAGUUAACAAGCACUGAAUAGUUUAUCAAAGAAGAUAUCAAUUGACUAAACUUUAGAUGGAAAAUUUGUUACUUGCUGAUAUCUUGCACCAGAGCUUACAACCAUGUUACUUAAAGAUAGUAAAAUUAUGUAGUUUCCAUGGAGUUUAGAGAACUUUUUAAAAAGAAACACAAAAGGUACAAGUUUCCAUAUUCAUUUUGUGUUCAUUGUUUUCAAUCAGCUUUAGCUAAAAAUGUCAUAAUUGAAAUGAUAAAUCAUAAUGGAUCAGUUUGGCAAAUUUCAGAUUCUAUUUCAUUCACAUUAUAUAUUUCCUUGAGUUUUAUUUUUUUGUUUUUGGUUUUAUGUGAUUUUUUUCAUUCCUCCUAUAUGUAUUACUUUUAUACAAGCUUAUCCAUACUUGUGAAUACUGCCAAAAUGACCAAGUGUUGUCAGAGAGAGUUUGGGAUUGAACAAGCCUUCAAACCAUGAUGUUAAAGUGUUAGUCUGCAGUGUCUUUAGCUAGAUUGAGCUUUAAGGCCUGAUUCUUAGAUCUUAGCUUGAGACAAACCACUGUGUAGGCUGCUCAUCCAUCUGUUCUGUACCAUGAGUAAAAGCAGCUGACCUCGGUGGCCGAAAAGCUUGCGUGGCAGCAGCUUGGUAGACCAUAGACCCGUCAGCUAGAUCACUCUUCAAGUCAGCUGGUCAUCAUUGCGAAACUGGGAUGGAUGACGUAGGGCAAAGGGAGGUACUCUCAGAAUAUUGGAGGGACUUUGCCAUAUCAGAAUACCAUUAUGAUUUUCGAUUAACCUUGCGCCCUUAAAAAAAAGGAUAUUAGUGAUAAAAAGUAAAAAGAAAGUUAAUCAAUCAUCAGCUUCUCUGUGGUAUUUUGUAAGAUCACGGGACAUUAUUGAAUUAGACUGUCAGAAUAAGCUACAGGGAUUUUAAUGAGGUGUGAUAAUAGAGCUAUAAUUUUGGAAAAAAAUAUUUGUUUAUUUUUAAUUCACAUAAUCUUGAAUUAGAAGGAUGACUGUUGGUAUUAACUUGCCCAAAUGCAGAAGAAUUCUCCUUGGAGAUGUAUGCAUGUGUAUAUAUAUAAUUUACUGUUUUACUGGUGUCUGUGUGGUAUGAUUAGAAAAGAAUUUAUGUAUGGAACUUUAUGUCUGCAUUUAUUAGCAGUUUUACACUGUGACAGAAGGAUUCGUCUCAAAAUUGAAGGCUUUUUUUCCAGUGUAUUAAGUUCUGAUUUUAUAGACAACUUUGUCUUUAGCGUUGUAUGUGAACUGUUAAUACAUGCAGAAAAUCUUUAUAUUAUUUUAUCUUUAUCUAUAUGCCUUUUUUUUUUUUUCUUUUCUUUUUUUUUUUUUUUUCUUUUUAGAGAUAUUUUAAGUUAAUUUUAUUUCCCCAUUUUCCAAUACAAACAAACGACAAUAACAUUCUUGCAUUACCAUACUCAGUUAUUUUUUUUUCUUCGGAAUUGUCUCCAGACAACUUCGAUUGCAAUAAUGGUUACUGCUCUACAUAUCCCACUUCUAUUUUAGUUACUAGACUUUUGUGGGAGAGUAGAUAGGUUAAGGAUCUUUUCUGGCUAGUAAGACCUGCCACAUUCUAUUUACAGCAACCUUCUAAGUUGAAAAUUAGAUGCAUGUCAUAUAGGUGGUGGACCGUGUAUCUUUUUAUGGCAUUAGUAUGAAUGCUGUAAUAAGUUAGUCUAAAUUCAUUCUCCCUUUCUCUUUCUCUUUCUCUCUCCCUCUCUCCUUUACUUUCUGGUUUCUGGUUUCUCUCCACGUCUUGUCUCUCUCCUUUCUUUCCUUCUUCUUGUCUCUUUGUUCUUUGAUAUUCUAAGCACUGAAAAGGAGUAUAGGCUUGCUGUAGCAGUGCAACUUUAUGUUAUUGGAUUUAUUUUAUUUUUAUUUUUUUUUUUUUUUUUUUUUUUUAAAGAUUUGGUUGCUUUUAAUGUUAAGGUUUAAAACAAAAAUCCUCAAAUUUAUUAUCACAGAAUAUUUUCUUGUUCAUGUUUUAUUUCCAUAUGAUUAUUUUUGUAACAUGGUGAAAAAUCAUCCAGCCAUGCAAAUUAAAUUGAUGUCAUACAAUCUCACAACACCUUAUAUAAAAUUUCAUGAGUAUGUCUUCUGAUUGCAGUAUUCUACUCACAGUAUGCGUGCCAUGUGGAUUUCAAGUAUCUGUACUCUGUUUCUAGAAUAAUGUAAAGGAUUUCCACGGAAGAAAUAUGUUCAGUCAAGUGCAAAUUAUGGUAUGAACUAUGACAUUAGACGAGGAAUGCUUGGCAAGUGAUGUGAUUUUAUGAGCAACAUAUUUCUUCAUAAAUCCGAAAAAAAAUAUAUGAAAAAAUAUUAACCAUAGGUUUUUAGGAGUUUAUGGCCAUAUUAGUUAAUUUGUGCUGCAGGUAUAUAUGUCUCAUACUUGUGGAAAACCAAAUUUUCUGAUAUGUCAAACUUCCUCAUAUAUAUAUCUGACCCAGGCUUUACCCUAGAGCUUGGGAGUUCUUUUAGAUCAAGUUACUGCCAGACUCAUAACAAAGAGGCAUUGACGUUUUCGUAAAGCAGAAUUGUAUCUUUCACUUGUAUAUUCCCCCUAAAGUGCUUAGGGUUUGCUACAAAUAAAUCUACCUAACAUUGUUGAAAUGAUUAAUAUUAUUUUUUGAUUUUUAUACAUUGUUGCAUAACAAGAAUGCCUCUUGCUAUGAUGCCUUUUCAAUCUGUAGUGCUAUGAAGAAUUAGGUAUGUAAAUUAUUACCAUGGUUAGUGAUCUGCUAAACAUAAAAUUUGAGUGAUGAAACUGUAAUUGUAUCAAUUUAGCUUGUAAUAAAUUCAGUGUAGAAUUGUCUUGUUAAGGAGUCACCCCCCCCUUUUUUGACAUGGUCACCAAAACACUUCUUGUAAAAAAGUCUGUGCUGCUCUCUUUAGAUUACUGCAUUUAGACACAAAAGCUACACACUCAUUUGGCUUUUUUAAAACUAAUUUUGUAAAGUGUAAGUGUCAAAGAUGUGAAAACAAAGUAAAAGCUACUUAGCAGACACAUGAACUGGAGAGAUAUAUUUUUUACUGCCAAGUAACCACAAGUUUUCAGUUUAGAAAAAUAUUAAGAUCCAAAACCAACUUAUUAUCACCAUGUAUUUUCUGUGGAGCAACAACUUUGGCUAUGCUUUUUCCAUUGUUAACAAGCUGUAUACCCUUCUUGUACUUCAAUAUACAUGCAGCAAGUAAGCACAUUAAUCUGAAGGUAAUGUAAAAGUUAAUUUUAGGGACUAUAAUAGCAUUUAGGUCACUCAACUGGUCUUUUUUUUCAGCUAUAUUUUGUGAGAAAGCAAAAGUCAGGUGUGCAGCAAGGAAAGUAAAUUUGAUAUUAUUUGUAAGAACUCUAAAAACAAAUGUGUUGGAAAUAAUUUAGAGAUAUGCUUUAAGUUAAAUGUUAGCUGAUCACGUGGCUAUCAGUUAUCCAUUACUAAUCUGCAUAUAUAUAUAUAAACUGUGGUACAAA